GGAAUUAGCCACUUGGUCUGCUGAUAAGGUAAUGGCCAUUUUAACAGCAAACAUUCAGCUCUUAGUCCCUUUUUCUCACUCUGAGCCUGCGAAGUGCAGUAGGUGCAGAUGAAGACACUGUGGCUUUCAUUCAUCAUGUUACUGUUUCUCCCAAGUCUUGCAGCAGAGGAUGGUAUAGGCCCAAAGGAAACAAAGCCAAAGAAAGCCAGACUCCCCAAAAUCAAAGAGGAGAACAACAUUCUGGUGCUGAAAAAGAGCAACUUUGACAGAGCACUGAAGGAAACUAAGUAUCUGCUGGUGGAGUUCUACAUUUCUUUAUCUGGACCAUCUCAGACUCUGGCUGAAGAAUUUGCGAAAGCUGCGGGACAGUUCAAAAAAGAAGCCCCUGGUAUCAGAUUUGGCAAAGUUGAUGUCACAGAGCAAAAAGAUAUGAAAAAAGAAUUUAACAUUCAAGAGUUUCCUACUGUGAAGUUCUUUGUGGAUGGUGAUAGGAAAAAUCCUAUAGAUUGCAAAGGAGUCAGAGAGGCCUCUGCAUUUAUUACCUGGCUGAGAAGAACGAAUAGGACCCAGCACUGUAGUAUCAACAGCACUGACCAAGCUGAAGCUAUCAUCAACUCUGAAGAUUUGGCAGUGAUUGGCUUUUUUGAACGUCACGGCGGAGCAGUGGAAGUUUUCUAUGAGACUGCCAGAGACGUACCAGAACUGCCUUUCGGGGUGACAACCAGCGAGGAGGUUUUUGUGAGCUAUGGCAUCCGAGAGAACACCAUUGCUGUGUUCAAGAAGGGAAAACCUGUACAUAAUGAAGUGUCUGAAGAUGGCAAGCAGAACAAAGUGGAUCUUACCAGAUUAAUUAAAACUUUUACCAUGGAUUUGGUCACAGAGUAUAAUCUUGAGACAUCUGUGAAGAUUUUUGAUGUCCCUGUUGAAAAUCACAUCCUGAUGUUUACCCCUAAGAACUCAGAGACAUUCAACAAGACUUAUGAAGAUUACGAGUCUGCUGCUGUGGAAUUUAGAGGAAAGAUAAUGUUCAUCUUGGUGGACACGAAUGAAACCAGAAAUGGGCGUGUUUUUGAGUAUUUUCGUAUCACUGAGGUCGAUGUCCCUGCGGUGCGAAUCUUAAACCUGACAAGUGAUGCUAAAUACAAAAUGCCUGCAGAUGAGGUGACCGUGGAGAAUCUAAGAAGCUUCUGUCACAGCUACCUAGAUGGGAAAGCAAAGCCACAUGUACCUAGUGAAGAAAUUCCAGAGGACUGGGACAAGAAUCCUGUUAAGGUGCUUGUUGGAAAGAACUUCAACAGGGUCGCCUUUAAUAAGACCAAGAAUGUGUUUGUAAUGUUCUAUGCACCUUGGUCCCAUGAUUGUAGGAAACUCUUACCAAUUUGGGAUGAGCUGGGCAAGAAAUAUGAAAAUCAUGAAAAUAUAGUAAUUGCCAAAAUAGACUUCACAGCAAAUGACAUCCAGUUAGUUAUGCUAGACCGCUAUCCAUUCUUUAGAUUCUUUCCUGUUGGAUCCAAUAACCAGGUUGUGGUAUACGAUGGGGAAUACACCCUUGAGGCUUUUGCUGAAUUCUUAGAAAAACAAAGCAAGCCAAAAGUAGAAGCAACAGAAAAGACUCCUUCUGGAGAAAGCAAAGAGGAUCUCACUGAGGAAGAGACUGUCAUAAAACAGAAAGAAGAACUUUAACUCCACAGUGAAGGGGAAAGAUUCCAUAGGAGGAUACCCUGAAGAUGAGGAUGCUCCACACUAUGAGAACUUUGAUCACAUCAUGAGAAUAUAAGGGUGCAUCAGAAAAUAAAGAGAGAUUAUAA